AUGGCCUUUGGGAAGAAUAACUCACCACCACCAUAUUCCUCCCCAUUCCUUGGCCUCCUGUCUUUCCUGCUUUUCAUAUUAUCAUUCCUAACCAACCACAGCCAUGUUGUUGCCGCCACCACCACCACCGUCACCGCCGGCAUUCACCUCGACGUUGUCCGAAAACCUGCCCCGGAUGUCCCUAUCUUCAGGGAAGCCCCUGAAUUUCGCAAUGGGAACACAUGCAACGAGGAAAGGAUCCACAUUUCCAUGACAUUGGACUCAAACUACCUAAGGGGAACCAUAGCUGCUGUUCUCUCCAUUUUGCAACAUUCAACAUGCCCAGAAAACGUUGAGUUCCAUUUCCUUUGGGCAAGGUUUGAGCCUCAAGUGUUCUUCAGCAUCAGAUCAACCUUCCCUUACCUCAAGUUCAAAAUCUACCGUUUUGAAUCAAAUAGGGUGCGAGGGAAAAUCUCAAAAUCAAUUCGUCAAGCAUUGGACCAACCUCUAAACUAUGCAAGAAUCUAUCUUUCUGAUAUACUACCUGGUUAUGUGAAGAGAGUGAUAUACCUUGACUCUGAUAUUGUGGUUGUUGAUGACAUUGCAAAGCUUUGGGAGGUUGACUUGGAGGGCAAGGUAUUGGCUGCACCAGAAUAUUGCCAUGCAAAUUUCACUGAGUACUUCACAGAUUUGUUCUGGUCAGACCCGAAGCUAUCAAAGACAUUUGAGGGUAGGAAUACUUGCUAUUUUAACACAGGGGUUAUGGUAAUGGAUGUGGAAAAAUGGAGGGAAGGUGAGUAUACACAAAUGGUGGAACAGUGGAUGGCAGUGCAGAAGCAAAAGAGGAUAUACCAUUUAGGAUCUUUGCCUCCUUUUCUUCUUGUUUUGGCUGGGGAAUUGAAGAGUGUGGAUCAUAGGUGGAACCAACAUGGGUUGGGAGGGGACAAUCUUGAAGGCAAGUGUAGGUGCCUGCAUCCUGGGCCUAUUAGUUUGCUUCAUUGGAGUGGUAAAGGCAAGCCUUGGUUGAGGUUGGAUUCAAGGAAGCCAUGCUCUGUUGAUCAUCUAUGGGCACCAUAUGAUCUCUAUCGUCCAAAUACACAUUCUUUGGAAGAAUGA